GCCGAGGUCGAGGGUGUGCUCUAUCUUGCUAAGCAGCUCGUCCACCUUGGGCAGCACCUCCUGCUCCAGCUGCUCGAACCCCGCCUGGUUGUUGCCCUCCAUCAUCAUGUUACGCAGCUGGUGAAACGCACCCUUGCGAGGGUAGUUGCGGCGGGGCGCUGGCGUCUGGCUCCGCGGGCUGUCGGGUGACGAGUUCUCGUCGGGCGAGGGGGCGCGGGGACGCUUCUCGGCACGCUGGAUGGGUGGGGGGGUCACCUCGGCUGCCGCUGCUGCACUGGCCGGUGCAGCUGAAGCGGAAGACGAUGCCUGUUGCUGGUGGGGGAUCUGGGGGUUCUGAUGAUCUUCGUGGGCGGCGGCGUUGGUGGAUGCACCCUCACCAGGCUGCUGAAGGGAGGGGUUCGUGUGCCCGACAGCCCUGCGAGGACAUCACAGGAGACACCACGCAGAUCUCGUUGAAAUGCGUCCAUGGAAUCCGCUUUCCUUCCAUAAAAUGCUCAUCUGUGCCCUCCGGCCCUCCCCUGUGUGCCCCUUCUCACCGUCUGUUGCGUCUGGGCUGCGGUGCAGCCCCCGAGUCGGGAUUUGUGUCCUUCAUGGCCUUCUGCGACGCGAGUGAACCGUCAGAGUCGUGAUGGGACCGUUGAAAUAGCGAUAGGUGGCCUGGAAAAUGCAGCGCAGGUCACCCGACAGGCCUCCUCUACUACAGGUUAUGCCGCCUUGGCUGCCUGGACGACAAGUGGCUGGAAAGGGGCAAGGGAACCGACCUCGAUGCACAUCAAUGCUCAACGAAACACGCUGAGCGACCUAAAAG